UAUUUUACUGAGUCUUCUUCAGGAAUUGGAAAAGCUAACUUUAUUCACCGCUGUCUUGUGGUCAUUAUUGCUGUCUGAGAAAACAGACCAAACUCUGUUCCUGUUAACAAACUCUGAAAGUUAGCCGAACUUGUUUGUUUUAAUUUUAGUCGUUAGUCCUGUUUUUGUUCGUUUUCCUUAAUGCACAGAUCACACACCACACAUCGAAAUGGCGUCAUACUUUGAUGAACAUGACUGUGAGCCCACCAACCCUGAGGAGCAAUAUCGUCAGAACGCCCUGCUGGAGCUGGCCAGGUCCUUAAUGCAGGGUUUGGACCUGAUUGACUCCGGGGCAUUCGACCUGUCAGACUGGGACCAGCGGCUUCCUCCCCCUGCUGCCAAAACUGCUGUUCAGACCCUCACUGUGGUUGUCAUUUCCGCAGAACAAGCAGACAAAGGUUUGAAGUGUCCUGUGUGUUUGCUGGAGUUCGAGGAACAAGAGACGGUUCGAGAAAUGCCUUGCAAACACCUCUUCCACUCAGGAUGUAUACUACCCUGGUUGGGCAAGACUAACUCCUGUCCGCUUUGCCGACUUGAGUUACCGACUGACAAUCCAGAGUAUGAGGAGUUUAAAAAGGACAAGGAGAGAAGAAAACAGAGGGAGCACCGACUUGAGGACCUGCAUGGAGCCAUGUACACCUGAUGAAAGUGCUGAAUGCUUCAAGAACAACAAGCUGCAUUCAGCCCAACUCCAUAAAGAUAGAACCCUGUUUGAUGUACUUAGACCAUUUUGCUACCUACAAGAAAGAAAGAAAGAAAAAAAAAACUCAAACAAAUCCAAAACUUUUCCACAGAACCUCUUCAACAGCCACUGACAUCACUGGAUGCUCCAUUGUGUUAAAAUGAGAGUUUUUAUUAAAUGGCACCGGCUUUGGGAACAUAAUAAUGGAACAUUUCAAAUUUGCUUUUUUUUUAUGCGAUGUUUCCAAAUGGAGCUGAUAGCAGCUCUGACUUUAAAUUCCUUUUUUAUUUAAAUUUAUUAACUUCUAAUGUGCAUAAAAGCUGUACUUAUCAAGUAAAUGGAAAU